GUGGUGAGAGAUGAAAUGAUAAAGGAACAUACACCUUUCUACUUGCUACCAUCUCAUUGUUCUUACUCUAUCUCUCUUCACGACAACACGCCAUCAUCAUCCACUGCGCUUUAUUAGGAUAUAUUUUCCAUUUAUGCGGUUGCUAUUUGCUUACACAGGCUGAAGGUGCUAGUGCCAAUAGCUGAAGAAUCAUUUGGUCAGACAGUGAGGGCCAGCCAUGGAAACAAAACCUUUACCAUCUGUUGCUGAAUAUUAUGCAGGCAAAUGCAUGUUUAUCACUGGAGCAACUGGAUUUAUUGGUAAAGUCCUCAUUGAAAAGUUGCUCAGAUGUUGUCCUGGUAUAAAGACUAUUUAUAUGCUAAUGCGACCGAAGAAAGGCCAAAGUAUUGAUGAGCGGUUCCAAGAUUUGUUGCACAGUCGUCCUUUUGACAAAUUAUGGAAAGAGCGACCAGACUUUCACCGUGUCUUACACCCAAUAGAAGGUGACAUUAUGGAAGAGAAAUUGGGACUAAAAGACAGAGAUAGUAAACUGCUAUCUGAAGAAGUAGAGAUUGUUUUCCACAGUGCAGCAACAAUUAGAUUUGAUGAACAUAUCAGGUUAGCAGUAGAAAUGAAUGUGAAGGCAGUGAGGAAAAUGAUAAUUCUGUGUCGGAAUUUUAAGAAACUUGAGGUAUUUGUACAUGUAUCGACAGCCUAUGCAAAUUGUGAUCGGCCUUUCAUUGAAGAAAAUAUCUAUGAACCCUUUGUAGAACCCCAGAAGAUAAUUGAUGCUUUGGAUUGGAUGGAUGACGAUAUGCUAUCAGCUAUAACCCCGAAACUUCUUGGCCAGAAACCCAAUACAUACACUUUCACGAAACAGUUGGCUGAAUAUCUGCUAUAUAAAGAAGGUUCAGAUUUACCAUUGGCUAUUGUUAGACCAUCAAUUGUGGGAGCAGCUUGGAAAGAACCACUUCCAGGUUGGAUUGAUAAUUUCAAUGGACCAAGUGGCCUCUAUCUUGCUGCUGGUAAAGGAAUUCUACGCUCUGUAAAAUGCGAAUUCAAGGCUGUUGCAGAUAUUGUCCCUGUUGACAUUCCAGUGAACUUGAUGAUAACAGUGGGAUGGUACACAGCCCUGGUCAAACCCCCUUCAAUUUUAAUUUAUCAUUGUACUACUGGUUCUGUAAAUCCAUUCACCUGGGGAGAAAUGGAGAGUAUUGUAUUGAACUUUUUCAAGAAAACUCCUUUAGAAGCAGCCUUUCGAAGACCCAAUGUUACCAUGACAAAUAACAGUUUUCUACAUGACUAUUGGGUAUUUGUCAGUCACAUGAUCCCUGCCUACCUUACAGAUCUGGGCUACAGCCUUUUGGGUAAAAAACCAAGAAUGGUAAAAAUUUACAACCGGCUGCACCGAACAUUGGGCAUACUGACAUAUUUUACCUGUCAGUCCUGGGAAUGGACAUUCAAUAAUCCAGAUAUGUUGAAGAACCAGCUCUCUUCAGAAGAUAGAAAAACAGGAGGUCCCAUCUUUGCAAUUGUAAUUCUUGGGAAAAGAAUCGGCAGUGUGGUUAUUUGCAAUUAUCUUAUUGUUGUGUUGGUUAAUGAAAGAGGCAAAGUUUUUGCAACAAGAAUAGCUGAUCUUAAGCAUUUUUCUAUUAAAUAUUCUAUAAAACUUAUGGUUAGCUUGAAAUUGUCUAGAGAGUAA